AGGCUGAUCAUCUCAUAUUCGGACUCGAGGAGUGAUACAUGGGAAGUGCGCGCGUCAAAUUGCUUGAAGAGAGUCUGCGUGACUCUGAACGGCCAUGGCUAUCCCAGCCGUGACGAUGGAAGACGGUCCUGGACCGAGUUUGCAGAGUCUGGCCCUGAAUACGAUCAUCUCGAACGUGUGCAACUGCAAAAGCAAUAAUUCGCAGAAAGGUGGAUGCUGGAUGUUCCAACUCGCAACAUCGGUGCAUUGCCAUCCAAAUCUGAUUGAUGUUGGACCUUAUUGAUCUCCGAUCGCAAUGGCGAACU